AUAUAUAUUGUUUUAUAAAUCUUGUCCUUUAAAGAUUUGUGAUUAAGUGCAAACUGAUUGGAGAUUUUAUUUAUCUUUCAUUUGUUUAGUACAAGAUUAAUCUUUCUUCGGUUAUUUACAUUUGUUGAAGAUUUCUUGCUGGUUAUUUCUUCACCAUUACAAUGUCAUCGUCGUCGUGUUCGGGGGAGCAGCAGCAGGAGGCAGAGCCGAUUAGAAUAGAGAAGAAACGUAAUGGGACUGGACGGAAGAAGAUUGAGAUGAAGAAAAUAGAGAAGAAUUCAAGUCGACAAGUCGCAUUCUCCAAGAGAAGAAAAGGUUUAUUCAAAAAGGGUUGGGAACUUUGCCAGUUAUGUGAUGCGAUGAUUGCUAUAAUUGUGUUUUCUCCUAAAGGGAGAGUUUAUAGUUAUGGCCACCCUUCUGUUGACGGUGUUAUUGACCAGUUUCAGAGAGAAGAAGAUGAAGAAAAUCAAUACAAUGUGGGAAAUGAAAGAGGGUCUAUUUCAUUAUCACAUGAAGAGAAUUGUGAAACUGAUUGUGUUUCUGAGAAUUCCACCGCAGAAGACGAGGAGGAGGAGGAGGAGGAGGAGUACUGGUGGGAGGAGGAUAUAGAGGGAUUAGAGUUGGAGGAAUUAGAGAGGAGAAGGGCUUGUAUGGAGAAGUUGAGAGACAAUAUGGCUUCUUCACUUGAAGAUAUAAUGGAGCGUAAAUUUUGUGGGAGGGAUCCCUUAGGAAAUGACGGGGUCCCCGGUUAGUUGUCUGAUGAAAUUCAAGUUCUUUAGAAGAGUAGAGAUUUAACUUUCAUAUUCUGUAUGCAAUCGACAAAGAACUUGUAGUAUUGGCAUCCAAAGGAUUUAUGCUUAACUCUUUCAUUUUUGGGUUCUUGA